AGAUAUGACUGACUUGACAGAUGUAAGGAAACAGAAAAAUCUCAGAUGAUGUUACCCAGAGAUCAUGCAAAGGACAUACUCCUACUUGGACUAUAAACAGAAACCCUCCAAUCAGUCACAAUCUCUCAUACUUAAUACUGACUUGUGAUCAGAUAUUUAAGGUUUUCUUUCUCCUGUUUGAGCUGAAGAUAAGGAGGGGAGGGGUUCAGCAUGGACUCCGUCCCAGAGGUCAUACCGAUGAGGAGUUAUAAUUUUAGGAAGGCCAAACUGAACUCCUCUGUGGCUUGGCUCCUUAGCAAGGCUUACAGUGAUAGAGAAGAACCACCUGCAGAUCUUCUUGAUCCACUUUAUCAAGACAAUGGUGAAGACCAUGUCAAACCAUCUGUCAUCUACCAGCUUGCAUCAGGGGAGCUGUACAGUCGAGUGUGUUCCAAUAUCUUUCCUCCUACCAUCCAUCCAUGGGAUGGACAUGUAGCCAUCAUCCAAGGUUUCUCUAGGAGAGGAAUCCAUGUGGUGGAUGAUCGGAACCAGCCAGUCACAGAGUCUAUACUCUCACAGACUCAGAAGAUAAAACUGUGUGAAUCUUUACCACGUGCAUUUAAGAUAUUGAAUGCCCAUGUAGCAAUGAUGGAUGCAAUUAUGAAGGCUUAUGUGAAUGAGACGAUAUCUGUUGAAAACGUUGUACAAGCUGUCAGGAAAUUCACAACAUUCAAUGCUUCGAGCGAGUUGCCCUUUGACCUGGAGGAUGCACUCCAGUUCUGGAUCAACAAGGUUUGUUUGGCUGUAGAACACCAGGUAGAGAGAGACAGAAAGACACAUCAGGCAAACAUCAUGCAAUCAGCAGCACCAGCUAUUCGAGUGAAGAGGGAUCAGGUGCAACCUAAGGAGAUGCUACACUUCCCCAAGAUGAAUGACAUGAUGAAGGAUCUAUCAGAUGGAUGUUGCUUAGCAACCAUUAUUCAUCAUUACUAUCCUCAUCUUCUAUCAUUAGAAGAUGUGGCUCUGCAUGAGUCAAUGUCGUUAGCUGAUUCGCUGCACAACCUUCAGGUGGUGACGUCUUUCUUCCAGCGUAACCUACCCCAUCUCCUUCACUUCACAUUGGAAGAUCUACUCUACUGCCAUGAAUCCAUGAAAUACAACAUUGUGGCGUUGGUCGCAGAGAUGUUCUGGUGCUUUGAGGUGGAGAAACCCAGCCAUCUAGAAGCGAAUCAAGGAGGGAUUCAGUCAUCUGCGUUUACACAGAUGAACACACCACUGAACACGGCAGCAAGGCCUCCUAUCCCUAUCAGUGAUGCAACAAAGAGAAGCUUUCAUGCCCCAUCGCCCAAGGCGGAAAUGCAGAGCGUCGAUCUCACCAAAGUUCCUUCGAGUCCAAACUCCCAGAGGAGGCUGUUGAACCGACAGCAGCAAGAGAGAAGUUCCAUCUUUGGUGAUACACCUGGAGAUGAGAACACUCCGCCCAGUGAAUACCAGAAUCGAUCCCUUCAACGCUCAACGUCCAGGGAGCAGCAGAAACAACAUCCAGAAUCGCAGUCAAUCCUGGCUUGGGAGGAGAAAGAACAGGAAGAAAGAAGGACGCCAGACACAGCAACAUUUACAAGGCCAAGAAGAUUACAGGAAUCUCCCACAGUGAACAUGCAGUCUAGCCGGGCUGGGAGUCUUCUUGCCAACGUUAGCAUCGACAGCGAGAUGAACGAGAGUCAAGACUUCUCUGGUCUGGAUAUUGAGAUCAACCCCCUUCCAGAGAGAAUGGGUUUUCUAAAUACCCAGGGACAGCAGCACAGUGAGGACAGGUUAAUGACAUUGACCCAGCAACGACCUGUUACCCAGGAGGGCCAGUUGGAAAGCGAGGACUUGGAAGUUGAAAGCUUGACAUCAUCAAGGAUGUCUCGGCAGCAAGGAGGUUUCGGUGAAACCAAGGAGUCAUUCAACCCGAUGCUCACCCACAGAACUGAUCCUGUCAUGAAUGGUGUCGAUGGAAGUCUGGGUGCAACAUCCAGUCCAGGGACUUUUAGAGGUAGUCAGAGAGAACAUUUAGACAGUGCUAUGAGCCCAUCAUCAGAAGCUGGCAGUGUGGAUUCUUCAAUAUCUAGGAAGAACCUGAAGCUGGAUGUCCAUCCUGUGGAUAUUCUAGGUUCUCCCCGUGGUCCAACCAAUGAGUUCAUGCCUGCUGUAGUACGACCGUUAAAAGAGAAAUCGCAUCAGGUCAGAAAGACAGAUGAAAGGGGAGAUCACUUGAGGCAUCGUAAUAAGCACAGAACAGGUGAUACCAGAAUGACUGCUGCUCACCAACAAUAUCCUGACCAGGGAAGUGAUUCCUCAGAGAGUGUGGAUGCAACAACACCCCUGAGUGGAGAGAGUAUUGCAGAUUCCCUGGCAGGGGAUCUUGCUCUGCAACGGGCUCGUAUUGCAAGAGGAGUUGGGCCAGGUGGCUUCAUGUUGGCUCCUGCUUCUCAGAGUAACCAACCUCAAGUGGCUAAAGGUAAACAUGGUGAGGCUUUCUUUAUCAGUGGGAGUGAACGACCGCUUCAGGAUGAUGGUCACCACAGUUUUAGUGCCCCCACAGGAGCUAAGAGUUUCACUAUAUCUGAAGGAGCCAUGACGAUGGAUGAUGCAAAGGAGGCUGGUAUCCCAGUAGUAUCGGCAUCCAGAUCUAUGCAAGGUCUGAGUGAGCAAGGUUUCCGCAUGAGACCAGGUGGAAUGACCAGCAGUCAAUCUGACCAGGAAAUCUACCAGCCACGUCCUCAACAUUCCCACUCCUUCCAGAACCCAGUCUCUUCAGCCGCUGCACCUUCAUCCUUGCCAUAUUCCAUGCAUGAUUCAUAUUCCAACCCUCAUAAUCCUCACCAGUAUCAACCUAAUCCACAAUUCAAUCCUCAAUCCUCUAACCCCCAGCAUGCUAAUCCUCACCACGGUAAUCCCCACCAUGGUAAUCCUCAUUCCAAUCCCCAUGGAAAUCCUCACCAUGACUUUCGCACUCACUCCCCGCACCACCACAUUUCUCAACCUAACCCGUAUGACCAACAGAUCGACCCUGAGGCCUAUGUUCACGAUCAACAUGGUGUCUCUACUUGGGGACACCAUCAGAAGCAACAACAGCAACAGUUUCAUCCUCACUCUACUAAUCCAGGUAUGUCACAAUCCUUUACUAAUCAUUCUAACACCCCUGCUAAUCAUCAAGACGUAGAGUCGCCCAAGCUGACUGCGGAAACAGUACAGUCUGAACAUCAGGAUAAGAGACCUGUAGUCAUGGAUUUCUCUCAUAAUCUUAGCCCUGUCCAGAAAGAAAAUGGAUAUUGUCCUAGUGAUGAGAGAAAUACCCCUGUCACUAUGUCGCAUAGUGGUGCCAUACUAACACAAGACCAUAUUAACCAUCCCAAUCCUGUUCAUUCACAUCCAACUAUAGAUCAACUGUCUGGUUCAGAAAGACCUUCUAAUAUGGAACAUCAUAAUUCAGUAGAACAGAAUAGAAAUAGUUAUACUAAUCCUCACACAUUUGCAGCAGAUGUAGAGAACUUCCAUUCUAACCAAUCUGCUUUCAGGGAGCCUGCUAACCAUUCUAUGACCACCUGGUCUGCCAAAACCAAACAAUCACCUAAUACUGAAUUUCCUACCACUUCCACUUUUUCUGUAACACCAACUAACACAGGUGCAGCAGGCAAUGGAUAUCACAUCAGUUCUGGAGAAACAAAGGCUGGAGAUGGGAGAGUUUCGUCAUCUGAAUUGACUCACGUAAGGCUCAGGCUGGAGGAGAAAAGGAGAUUGAUGGACUAUGAAAGGCACAAGCUCGAACGCCAGUGGAAUAAGCAAAGGCAACGGGUUGGCAAGGCUGCAUUCCUGCAGGUGUUGGCAAAUAAAAAGCAGGAGAAAGAAGGAAAUGGUGAAAGUUACUCAAGAUCAGAACAACAGAGGAACAUAGAAAAUGCUCGCCCACCACAAGGGUUGACCACUUUUGCAGCCCUUAGCGCCAAUCGUGAGAAGACACCUCAGGUGUCACAAGAGCCUCCUGUAUCAGAACAAGAACAAUACCAGCACCCUAUCCAGGAUAAACAGUUGACACAAGCGUAUUUUCUUGCACAGCAGAACCAAAUGUCCCAACAAACGGCCCAGAAAACCCCUCUUAACCAACAGCCACCACCAGAGCAUCGUGCUCAGCAGCCCAGCCCAAGUCACCUCAAUCAGGUACAAAUGGCUGAAGGUGGACGAAGGUCCAAUGAGAGUCCAAGAUCAGGGAGGGACUCAGAGAGCCCACGUAUGAGGUCAGAGUCACCAGGUCCCAGGAGAACUGAGAGUCCAGGAUCCAGUUCUGGGUCCCAUUCGCCGCAUCUUACCCAAGAGGAGUACAACACUUCUCUAGAAAAAUUAAAUGCUAAUCUUUCCCAACUCCAAAAUCAAAUUCUGAGGUUAUCCUUGCAGCAAGAAGAGUUCAAGAAGGGUAUGAAUGAAUCUCCAAGACAGGUACAGGAAUCACCAAGGCAAGUGGCACAAGGAGAUUUUGGUGACCAGCGAGAUAGUCCAGAGCACCGAGAUGUCCAUAGACCCCCAUCCCAUCCUCAGCAAGAUUCAACUGGUCAAAUGACUGGAUUCUACAUCGAAAGUGGGGAUCAAAAGCCUUCAGAACAAGAUUCGUAUGUCCUUGAAGAAAAUCCUGCUUUCAAUAUACCCCAGGGGCAGGGAAUCAGUCCCCAAGAAAUGCAGCAUAUUCAGCAAUCACCCCAAGGAUUCUCGUUAUUACCGCAUAACCAACCAAUUGACAAUUUUAAUGAAAAGCAAACAUCGAAUGCACAGAGAUUAUCAGACGCCACUUACAUAAAAUCUGAAAUGAACGAUAACAAGUAUAUAAUUCCAGACAAUCUUGAACAUGAUACUGUUGUUGCCAAUGCCCAAAUAGAAAGAACAUUCAGUGGGCAGAAUCUGAAUAUAGACAAUGAAAAUCAAUCACAACUCAAGCAAAUGCCAACUGAAGAAGUUCAUUCACCUCCUGCGAAUCAGAGGAAAGGGCAGCCUAUCAUGGCUUUUGACAUUGAUAUGGGAUCUCCAAAGCAACCUCGAGCACCUCCUGCAAACCAGAGAAAGAGGGAAGCAACACCAAAGAAAGUACAGGAGAAGAAAUCGUCGCCUCCUAGAACACCCGUCAAGAAGCAGGCUCCACCGUCUGUUUAUGAAAUUGUAGGUGAAGGAGAAGAAGAUGUUCCUGUUCCAAGUGAUAUGGUAGUGCGCCCUCUUGAGCAGGUGAAUGCAAGUAAGGAUGAUGAUUCCGCAGAUACAAGUGGAAUGGCUGCAGGAUUUAUCAUUGGAGAAGAUGACAAGGCUCAAGAUGAGUUAGCAAAGAGGAAAGAGAUGUUCUUAAAGGCUCGUCUAAAGAGAGAAGAAGAAGCUAAGAUCAAGAAGGCAUCAAGAGAGGCUGAAGCUGAGAGGAAGAGGGAAGAAAUUAGGAGAAAGCAAGAGGAAGCAGAGAUGAAGAAGGCAGAACAAGCAGCCAGAAGAGAGCAGAUAAGAUUAGAAUACCAGAGAAAGAAACAGGCAGAGUUGGAUCCUGACAGUGCACCCCCACCCCCAAGAAAGCAGAAGUCAUCCCGACCCCGCCCUAAGUCGCAGAUGGUUACUUCAGACAAGGGACCAAGCCACAGCCAUGGUUAUACUGCGCUAGACAGUGCCUCAGAUAUCGCACUCAGUGUUCAGAAGAAGUCUUAUACCAUAGAGUCAUCGUCCGAAGGGGAGGUAGCAGGUGCCAUUACAGGUGCCGCAGCAGGUGUGGCAGCGGCCCAGGGCUCUGAGAAUCAAACAAGUGCUCCAGCUCCUUCAACUCAAGGAGACACCCCCCACCCUCCACCCCAGGGGUCUGCUGCUGCCCCUCCCCAAUCCUCGGCCCCACCUCAAUCUGCAUCUCAAGCAGCAGACCAAGGGACCAAAAAGUCCCCCUCCUCUGGAAUACCAAUGCCAGAGGCUGCUAAACGCAGACCCCCUUCCCCGAGACCAAGAUCUAACACCCUCCCCGUAAGUCUCCGCUCCCCAGAGAAAACAAGUCCUCAAAAUGCCCCUCAGAUACAAGCCCCUGAAUCAGGGGCGAGCAUGGUGUCACCACAAGAGGGAGCUGUUGCCAAUGUUUCUCCAAGUGUCGCGUCCCAGGAGAGCAGCGGGUCCGGUGGAAGUCAGGCGGCUGAUUAUUCUGGUCCCAAGCUGUUUGUGAAACCAACCAGUAAGUCCAAUCGUCACAUCAUCAUCAAUGCUAUCUCUCACUGUAUCCUGGCAGGUGUUGUCAAUGAGAAAACCAAAGAUAAAGUUCUUCAGGAAAUUGCUAAGUCAGACCAGAAGCACUUCAUGAUCUUGUUUAGAGAUCACAGUCUUCAGUUCCGGUCACUCUAUGGCUUCACUCCAGAGUCAGAGGAACUGACCAAGGUCUACGGCACUGGUCCUAGACAUAUCAACAACAAGAUGACUGAAGCUCUCUACAAGUACAACUCCGGUGGGAAGCACUUUGCCAAGGUUCCUUCCAAGUCCUUAUCAGUGCAGAUAGAUGGUGUCACAAUCAGCAGUGCCUUCUGGCAGUCCAAGAGACCAGUCUCCACCAAAAAACACUGAUAGUACAGGUCAAGGGUUCAGAGGUCACCAAACGGUCAAGUCCUGUUGGUAUCAUAUAACCUUAUAAAGAUGAAGGUUGGCACUGCAUUAUUCAAACUGUGAAAUAAGAAUAAUUUUAUUUAAUAUUCAUGAAGUAAGGGGUCAAGGGUCAUGUGGUCUGGGAUCAUUUCCUCCCAUUACCCCUUUACCAAAAUGUAGAUGUCAUUAACUUUCAUCAACAGUUUCUAUACGGCUGUUAUAUUCAACUCAACGUGUUGAUUAUUUUCCAAAUGACAACACAAGCGUUGAACAUCGUACUUGAAAUCACUGAAGGAGUGUUUGUUUAUAAGCACCGUGAACGUUUUCCCCCAAACUAGUCUGUCUUGCAAUGCAUGAAAAAUAAUACAUGGAGACUAAACAUGCUGAGAGUGUAGGCUUUUUUAUCGGCAUUAUUGGUGACACUCUGGAUUUCUUUACAUAAGUUAUGGAAAACUUGUCUGUAUUUAUGAUGCGGAAUUAUUAUGAGAUGCUAUAACCCAUGUGCAAUGAAAUGUGUUCAAUAUGAACACAUCAACGACUGUAGUGAACACAUCUACUGUAGCUUGUAUAUAAAUAUGUAUAUCUCUCUUUCUCUCUUUCUCUAUGGUGAAAUAUUCCAAGCUUUUCCUAUUUAUUACACACAGCAUAUUCAUGGAGUACACAUACUUUUGUUUAUGUUACUACUUAAAAAGGAGUCGUUACAAGAUAUUGUGAGAUGUAAUGUUUACCAUAAUGUCAUGGAGGAGUACAUAGCCAACGUUCUGUUUUUAAAGUUUGAAUGAUACUGUACUUACAUGCUUCUUUAUAGGCCCUGAAUAGCUAUGAGUGGAGAGAGGGUCAAAUAUUUUCAUCAUAAAAAAGCCAAAGCCGAGAAGGAAUUUGGAAGGAUGGAUGUAAUCACACUGAUAAAGUCUAUACUAACCAUUAUGCACUAUCAUCUACCCUUUCCACAGCUACUGGCCAUUCUCAAAGACCUUUCUAUUAUAUACUUACUAGCCACUUUGACACAACAGUGCUAUUUUUAUUUUGGCAUGAGAAUAAUACACAUACAGGUAUUAGGGUUUAUAAUGAAAUGUACUCAUACUCUCGCUUUCUCAACAGUUUUCCUUUUAUUACAAUUUGUACAUUUUGUGAUCAUGCCUUCUUGUUCAGUUUAUGGAGAGUAGAUUAUUGUGCCUUCUUUUAUUCCUAUUUAAAUUGAUUGAUUUGAUUAAUACACACAAGCAGUCAUGAAGUAGUCUGUUUGUCAUACUUUUUCAGUAAUAAUCAUCCCUAUAGACAAUCCUAAAGGGGCUGCCACAUCUGGAUAAUUCAACCAGCAAAUACAUGUACCGACAUGUUACAGCAAGUUAUUUUAUCAUUCUUCUUGAUAUCAAGAAUUGUCAUUUGUUCACAAGACCAAACACAAUAUUUUGCACACAAACAACACAAAAUUAUCAAGAAAACACAUUGCCAUACAUCGUUGGCAUAUGCUAGCUAAAUUGCCCAUGUGUGAAUGUCAUUCAACAGAGAAAAAUCAGAUAUAGCCAUACUUGAUAAGGAUAUCACAUACAAUUUUCAUAGAUAAUAUCAAUAAUAAUAAUAGUAUUUGUAGGGGGCUUUGUAUGGAUUUUUUUGACUUGAGGGUGUGCAUAGAAAUUAGGAUCAAUGUAUCAAAUUAAUAUAAUUUUGUGUUAUACUAGUAUCCGACAUUCUCAUGUCCCAAGCUAUGUGUCCCAUAUUUCUCAUGUCGAUAGAUUGAGUGGAUAAUGUUAUAUUUCAUGGCUUCUUGCAAAUAUUUAUGACUGUAUAGCCCUGUAGUUUGCAGUGCAAUUAUUCUUUCUUGCAACGUUGUGUUUCUUUAGUAUGUCUGCUAUUGCGUGUAGAGGUGCAAUUUUACUUAUUUGGCUGAUUAUGAGUGGCUAAUGAUGGAAUCAUAGGUAUUCCAUAUGAUGCUAUAUGGUGUAUUAAAUUCAGUUUGAAUUGUAGAACUUAGUUCAUGCAAUUACUUUCUAACCCUGCACCACCUCCUUUAUAUAAUGAAACAUUGUAAGGUUACAUAUUUGGUCAUAUUUUAGAUAGAUAUAGCAUUUUGAUACUAAUUUUUUUGAUGAGCCUUCUUGACAUUGCAAACUUACUCAAAACUUAAAGAUGAGGAUGAAACAAUUGUAGUUUAGAAGAUAAAAUUGCACUUAAGUGUCAUUUGUUUUCAUGUGCUAUAUUCUCAAUCUACUUUCAUUCAGUCUCAGUUUUAACCAAAAACAAUUUGAAAGAUGGGCAUCAAUAUUUUGUCAUAUAGAAGCAAUACACUUGCUAUUGUGCUGCAUUUAUUUGCUUUUUUGUUGUCAUUAGUUUGUUCAUGGGCUUCCAUUUAUUUAUUUUGCUUGCAAAAUGAUCAAGUGUGUUAUUUUCUGAGAAUUAUUUGUAAUCUUUUUAGCCAGGAAAUGCUUUUUUUUCAUUUCUGCUCUGAAUUAUUGGAAUGAUUAUACAUCAGAUAUUUUUCUCAUGGUAAAUCUCCAGAGUAGAAAAAAAAAGGUACCCUUUUCACUCUUCAUUUUCUAGACUUAUCUUAUUCUAUCAUAUCUUAUUUUCUUAUGUUAGCCUUUCAUUUACAUCUUUGAAAUAUCAAUUAUUUCCUUGUUAUAAUUUGAUACAUGUCCCUCAUCCCUGUCCCCCCUCUCUCUUUCCCUCACUCCCUCUAUCUAUCUCUCCUCUUUGCUAAUUUACAAACCUUUGGCGUUUCAGACAAUUCUAUUUUUGCCUAUCCUUUUGGUAUGGUUUCGAUCAGUAGACAUUCUCCUAGUUUGACAAUCUUUUGAGUAAUGUUUUUUUUUAUUUGAAUGAAAUAUCUAUUUAAGGUCAGUGAUGCAACCAAACUUGUGUGUAUAUUUGUUUCAGAUUAUACAUAUUCAUUCAUCUUCUAUCAUUUUGGGUACAUUGAAUUUUUCAUUUCACAUAAGUUUGACAUGAUUUGUCUUUCUAUUCUCUUCUCUUUUUUCCUCUUCUGCUCUCUCUCUCUUUCUUUGUAAUGAAUACUGAUUUGGCUUUCUACUUGCUAUGUGACAUUCCAUCAAUUUUUUUUUCCUUCUCUUUUUUGUGUUAUUAAAUUCAAUUUAGUCUCAGUUUGUUUCCUUUUUUUUUCAGCAGUCUUGUGCAUAUUAAUAGUCAAAGAGUAAUAUAUGUGGUUCAAAUCAUAUGCACAUUUUUACCUGUAUCUCCGUUAAGAUAUUGAAUGUUGUAAAGUGGCGAUGUGAUGUUGUUUGUGGUAUCAUCUUUUUUUUUAAUAUUGAUGUUUCAUAACCUCGUACAAAUUCAUCAAUGAAGUCUGUAUAUAGUGCUGUACAUAAUAUAUUAAUUUGUACAUAGUAUAGUGUCGAAUUUGUGUUUGGUACUAUAAAAACUUGAAUUGAAUUUACAUGCUGGUGUACAGAUGAAUGUAUUUAAAGCCUUGUAUAGUCCUGAAUAAAGGGAAAAGCAAAAACUUGCUGAAAUUCAUAUUAAAAUUAACAACACCAUUGAAAGGUUUUAAACAAGAGUUUAUAUUGCCUAUUUGCCUUUAGCGUAGAUUAUUUUAUCAAAUAUAUUUAGAGUUCAUUUAUGGAGAAAAUAUGAUUUGAGAUUCUGCAUAUGAGUGAUUUAUUUUUUUCUUUGAGAUUCCAUUAAGUUGGAUAUAUUGAUUUUUAUGUACAUGUCUAUGUUAGCCUUAGACAGGCUGGUCAAUAUUUGUAUUUUGAAAUUCUUUUCACUUGGGAUUUUGGUAAUAUGUAAUAUGAACAAAAUGAAUACCAUUUUAGAAUCAAGUUUAGAUUAGGAAACAGAAUGUUCAUGGUUGUAGCAAUUUACCUGGUUAACUAUGGUAGUUUCAAAUUGCCUAGAAAACUAGAUCAUAAUUGGGGAAUGAUAGUGAUAUUGAUGACAUAACAAUUUGAAGUAGCAGUGCAUUCUAGAAAUUAAAGGUUUUAAACAAUUAUGAUUUCAUGUAAUAACAUAAGAAAAUGGAAAGUGGGGAUGUGACAUAAUCAGCCCAUCUAAUGAAUAUUCAUGAUGACGUGCAUAUAACUCUUUUCAAAAUAUAUUGCUAAACUUAAAAAUUCAAUAACUUCGCCAUUUGUUAUCAGAUUUUGAUGAAAUUUUCAGCAUUUUGCUCUGUGAAUUUUACUCUAUUUAUUUAGAUACAAAUAUUUUCAGCCGGAAGCAUCCCUAUAAUGCAUAGUUAGACAUGCAUUUUCAUUUUAAAUUAAGCAUUAUUUUAAUAUCUUAUCUAAUGCUUGAUUUAAACAAUGCAAUCUGUGUCAAUGCAAAAGUUAUUUGAUUUAGCAUGCCAAUUAUUUGUGACAUUAAUUAACCCAUAGAGAGAUAGGUACGUUUCAUCUUAUCUUCUAAUGAAUGUUGAAUCCUUAAAAUGUAGAAGUGGUGUCAAUUACAUACUAUUCAAAGUGUGGAUAGAUAUUUCUGUAAUAUAAUUUUAAAAAUGCAAUGUUGACAAUGAGCUGUAUUCACUUCAAAUAAGGCUACACUUUGAUUUAUAUCAAAUUCCAUUAAGAGAUAAAUUGUUCAUGUUCAUGAAGGAUCGAUUUGUCUGAUUUAAUACACACAAGUUCGUGUAAUCUUGUCCAAUAAAGUGAAUCUUUUAAAUAAAACGCUGCCAAAAUGCUUGUAUGAAAAUGGAUUGAUUUUUCAUAUAUCUGAUUUAAAAUAGAGCUAUCUUGUUGUGUUUUGUCUUUCUAAAAAAUAACUAUGCUCGAGUUACAAUACAACAUGUGUAAAGUCAAUGCCAUGUUUUCCAUAAAUAAAUGGAUGUCUGAGUGUUCAGGAAAUGACAGAUAAUGUGCUUAUUGAUGUUAAAGAUUUUAAUUGUCUUUUCUUUGUUUGUAAAAAGUCCCACUUGUUGUGUGCAUACAAUGUAUAAUUAUUGUAAACAAAAUGGCUGGAUACAUGUGUGCAGCAUUAAAGUAUGGAAAACAACUAUGAACAGAA